UGUUUGUUCAGAUGUUUUACAUUUGCCGUGUAUGAAUCCUCUGUCCAGUUAGUGUAUCCGGUUGAUUUAUUAUUUUCCCUUUAGUAUCUAUCAUGUUCAAAGUUUUAGAUUAAUGUACCUUAACAUUAAGUUUGAAUAGUUUAAAUCAUAAACGAUUACUACUAAAGUAAAGGUUACAUUUUAUUAUUCUUCACUAUUUGAUUCUUAAUAUUAAUAACUAUACAGUUGAGCGUAGCACUUCAAUCUUUACGAGACGGUCGGCUGUACCUACCCCGUAAGGGAUUAAGCCGUGAUUACAGAUAAGCGCGACGACCGAGCUUUCGAGCAGAUGAGGCGCCGGCGGUCGUCGCGAUGAGCUAGCGGCAUGGGGGGCGAGGGGGCGGGCCGCGGCGCCGCGCGCUGGCACGUGGGCGACUCGCCCCCGCGCGCGCCCAUGGGCUUCGCGGCGCCGGCGCCCGCGCAGGAUGCGCUGCUCGACCGCGGGCUCGCGCCUGCGCCUGCGCCCGCGCCCGCUGCCGCUAAUGUCAGCCUGCAGCGGGCGCACUCCAGGUCGAUGUCGUCACUACCGCCCGAGCCGUUCAUGAUGCUCCGCGCCAAGGCGCUGAGCAAGCGAGUCAUCAUCAACGUGGGCGGAGUCCGGCAUGAGGUGCUCUGGCGGACUCUGGAGAGACUUCCUCACACGCGCCUCGGAAGACUCCGUGACUGUAACACGCACGAAGCCAUCAUAGAACUCUGUGACGACUACUCGCUACAGGACAACGAGUAUUUUUUCGAUAGGCACCCGAAGAGUUUCAGUUCAAUACUAAACUUUUACCGUACCGGCAAAUUGCAUUUAGUAGACGAAAUGUGCGUUUUGGCGUUCAGUGAUGACCUGGAGUACUGGGGCGUGGACGAAUUGUACUUGGAGUCGUGUUGUCAGCACAAGUACCACCAGAGGAAGGAGCAUGUUCAUGAAGAGAUGAGGAAGGAAGCAGAGAGUUUGCGUCAGCGCGAGGAAGAAGAGUUUGGACAAGGAACCUGCGCGCAGUACCAGAAAUGGCUCUGGGAUUUACUAGAAAAACCAACGACGAGUAUAGCGGCCAGGGUUAUCGCGGUGAUCUCGAUCCUCUUCAUAGUGCUGUCCACGAUAGGGCUCACUCUCAACACCAUACCCUCGAUGCAAUGGUACGACGAAAAGGGCGCACCCAUGGACAACCCGCAACUGGCCAUGGUUGAAGCUGUUUGCAUCACCUGGUUCACAUUAGAGUAUGUGCUACGAUUCAGUGCCUCGCCGGAUAAGUGGAAGUUUUUCAAGGGUGGACUCAACGUCAUAGAUUUACUGGCAAUAUUACCCUAUUUCGUAUCUCUUUUUCUGCUCGAAACGAAUAAGAACGCGACGGACCAAUUUCAAGACGUGCGUCGGGUUGUUCAAAUUUUCCGUAUAAUGCGAAUAUUGCGCAUUCUUAAACUCGCGCGCCACUCCACCGGACUGCAGUCGCUCGGCUUUACACUCAGAAACUCUUACAAAGAGCUCGGACUGCUCAUGUUGUUCCUCGCAAUGGGAGUGCUCAUAUUUUCCUCACUGGCGUACUUUGCCGAGAAGGAAGAACCGGGGACUAAAUUCAUUUCCAUCCCGGAAACAUUCUGGUGGGCCGGCAUCACUAUGACCACAGUCGGAUACGGUGACAUUUACCCCACGACCCCGUUGGGCAAGGUCAUCGGCUCAGUUUGCUGUAUUUGCGGCGUGUUGGUAAUUGCGUUACCCAUCCCGAUUAUCGUCAACAAUUUCGCCGAGUUUUACAAGAAUCAGAUGCGGCGCGAGAAGGCUCUGAAGCGGCGAGAGGCACUGGAGCGCGCCAAGCGCGAGGGCUCCAUUGUUUCGUUCCACCACAUUAAUCUGCGCGACGCCUUCGCUAAGAGUAUGGACCUCAUCGACGUCAUAGUUGACACAGGACACCAAAUGUCGCAGGCAGACGCUACUAGCUUGGAGGGCGAGGAGCCGGCGAUCACGGGCUGCUACCGGCAGUAUGAGCACGCCAUCACUAAUAAACUACAGCAGAGUACUGACCCCAACCAGUUUCAGAGCAGUCCCAAGAAAGAGCGCCGCUACUCCAACGAAGACCCGGGCUCGCCAGAAAAACACAUGCUCAUUAAUCCUGAUCCUACACCAGAAAGGAAGAUGGCUGAAAAACAGCUUGACUUGGAACAGCUGCCUUCUGAGUUUGAAUGUUGUUUUUGCACGUUUAAGGGAUACAAAGAGUUUAUCGAUGCGGAGCAGCUGAUGCCAAUGUCGACGUCGGAUCUCCGUCAGCCGGUCUGCGUGGAGCUGGCGUGUUUACAGCGACACCCCGCGCCCCGGGCGCUGCCAGAAGCAACCCCCAAUAGCCUCGACAGCCCAGAUACAUUUGCGUCAUGCCUUACGCACCCUUUUCCUUCAGAGGGCGACAUCGCAUGCGAGAACGACUCGUCAAACUUGUAUGUGAAUCCCCUGGAUGGUAGCGGAGGCACCGGAGCGGGCAGGGGCGCUGGGGGGCCGCCCGAGUUUAGUGGAGUGCGCAAGAGCGCGUCCGGGGAUGGGGGCGUGUUGUGUGCGAAAAGUUCGCAGGCUGAGAGUUCCCCGCUGGGGUCCAGAGUUAGCCUGGCGGUGGGGGGCGCGGCUGCCAUGGCGGGGCCCGUGACGGCCGCGCGGCCGCUGGAUGCCUCCCGCACCAGCCUGCCACAGCCACUCGAAGACGCCCUAGCCAGCCACGGCAUGCCGCCCGACGAUUCCAAGCCCAAACACAGAAAAGCGCGAUUUCAACAGGACUGGUCGGAGGAGGAGAGGAGGCCACCGAGAGGGAUAGCUACGAGAAUAAUCAACCAUCACAUCCUCUUUGGUAAAAAUGGUAACAAACGUGAGGACUCUCGUUCGCGCUCCAUCCUCAAGAACAAGGAGUCCCGCGGGACUGACAGCGAGCUGCUGCUGCAGGACACCACUUCUCUGGGCGCUAAUGGCGACUCAGGUAGUGAAUCUUCGCCAAUCCGCCUGAAAGAUUUCAAAGGACAGAAUCACAGAGGUGGUGCACAAGAGCGAGAUAAUCUCGUGUCGUAAGCAGCAGGUGGCUAUCGCUACUCGACAACAUUUGCCUCAUGCAAUAAAAUGACGCCUCGCGACUCUCGCCGUGAGAAAAUCAGAUGGCCUCGCCCCGUCACUAGAAGAAUACUAUGAUAUAAGUUCGUUAAUACUUAGAGCGCAAUAACAUAAUAAAAAUAAUUUUAACAUAUCAUUGGGCGAUUGUGACUGCUUGUUGAUAUAGAUUUUCAUUUCGUAGGAGAUUAUAAAUAUUGUAAAAAAUAUGUUACUUAAUGUAAUAAUCGUUCAUUCCAAUCGAAAAGUUGAAGGUACCUAUUUGUUAAGUUUUUUUACGUGCAAUUAUUAAUUGCUAAUUCUAAUUUAAGCGAUAUAGUUUGUACAGCAUAGU